UAGUAGAAGCAGGGUCAAAAAGCUGAUGCUGCACCAAUUUUUGGUAUUGCAAGAGAAAAUCUAAGUUUAUUGACGCCGUCGACAUUCUUUUACUUCGUUCACCUCAGCAAAAAUCCAGCAAUUUCCCCAUCUCACAAUUUCAGACAUGCAGGCAAUAAUUCAAAGUGGGCCUGGAAUACUUCAGUUGGCUGAGAAUAUACCAAAGCCAUCAAUAGGCCCAGGAUCAGGGAAAGUCUUGGUGAAAGUGCACGCCGUUGCUCUCAAUCAUAGUGACUGGAAAAUGGUCGAUUUCUCAGCCAAACCUGGAGCUGUCAGCGGAUACGAUAUGGCUGGUAUUGUGGAAGCUAUCGACGAGUCCGUGGAUACGGGCCUAGUUGUUGGAGAUCGAGUUCUAGGUGUCACCAGUAUUCACGGAGGAGCAUUUGCGGAGCACGUCAUUACGGAUGGAAACCUCUUAAUCAAAAUCCCCGAAAAUAUGGACUUUCAAACAGCCGCAAGUUACGGGGUGGGAAUAGUUACAACAGGCUUGGCAUUGUACGGUCACGAGUGCUUGUCUUUGACAUGGCCAAAUCCUGAUGGGGAGGUCAGUGCAGGUACUCAGAAAACUCGCGUCGGACCCCGAGGGUGGAGCGGUGGAGAUGCGCUUACGGAUGACGAUAACGAUACACCACGCAUUCCGGUACUCGUCUAUGGGGCUUCGACUUCCACUGGUACUUUAGCUAUCCAAUUAUUGCAUCUAUCCGGCUAUGAGCCGAUUGCUGUGUGUUCGCCCCAUAAUUUCGGGCUCGUGCAAUCGAGAGGAGCCUCGAAGUGCUUUGAUUACCAUUCACAGGGGUGUGGAGCUAUGAUCAAACAGUACACACACAACAGGUUGGAAUACGCGCUUGAUUGUAUCACUACAGCAUCUUCGAUGCGUCUUUGCUACGAGGCGAUAGGUGCUUCUGGUGGAAAAUAUGUAUCGUUGGAUCCGUUUAACGCGAGAGUCCAACGAUCACGUGCUGAUGUUAAAUCCUUCUUUUGUUACGCACUUACGAUAUUUGGUAUACCAAUUGAAUUAGACGGAGAAUUUGCACGGGAUGCAAAACCUGAGGAUCGGAAGCUGGCGGAAAAGUUUGUGAAGAUUGCUGAGAAAUUUAUUGAGAAGGGGAAGUUGAAGGCACAUCCUACGACGUUGAAAUCGGGCGGCUUGAAUGGCAUCGUUGGUGCGAUAGAUCUUUUGAGGAAGGGAAAGGUAUCUGGGAGUAAAUUGGUUUUUAAUGUCAUUGAUGCUUAGGAUACUUUGAAUUCACGCUGUAUUUUCAUAAAAAUUCUACCGUUGGUCAAUCUCCUGCCACGAACCCACCAUAUGUUGUCUAGGUUCCGCUGACGUCUAUUUCAUCGAUUCUGU